CUUGGUCGAAAUGGCAGCAUCAAAAACAGAGAAAAAAGCCCCUGAUCAGGCUAGCUAUGAUUUGAUGUGGAAGAUGCACAUAAAAGCUGAAGAAAAAGCGCCAAAAAUGUGGCAGGAGCAUUGGGGAUGGAUUCUAGAUGAGUAUAGGAAGCUUGGAGGUCAGUUGAACGACAAAACAAUAAAAUCUGAAUACCUGAGAAAAGUAAACAAAAAACGUACAGACACGGAAGAUUCCAGGAGGCUGAGUCUUGUUAUACCUCGAACCUACAAUGGAUGGUACGGAUGGCUUGCUAAAGAUACACAGUUUUCAUACAGUAAAUUCGGACCUGAUAUUUUCCAGCCCAUGCACCUACCACCUUUAUAUAGACUAGUUAAGGAAACCUGAGAAAUGUG